UUGCCCGACUUCACUGGCAGCCUCGUUGACGCUGGUCGUUACGAGCUUGUACAGUUGCUUGGCGCUGGCGCCUGUGGUGUCGUCUACCGUGCAUUCGACUUGCAAGCCCGCCCUCGCCGGGGUGGUGCACCUGUCGAGUGUGCGGUCAAGAUCAUCAAAAAAGCAGGCCCCCUGAAGUCCGAUACGGCGCGCCAGCGCCGCGAGAUUCACAUGCACCGCCUCGUCUCGGACCACCCGAACGUGCUCACCGUCCAUGACGCGUUCGAGGACGAGCGGUUCUAUUAUCUCGUGAUGGACUUCUGUUCAGGAGGGGACCUGUUUUCGAUGAUCGCUGACGACCACGCGUUCGACCGGAACGAUGACCUGGUUCGUAGGGUCUUCGUGCAGAUCUUGGACGCCGUGGAAGCGUGUCAUAAGAGGCAUGUCUUCCAUCGGGAUCUCAAACCGGAGAACAUCUUGUGCAGCAAGGACGGUAGCGCUGUGUAUCUUGCCGAUUUCGGUCUGGCGACCGAUCGGAGAUUCAGCUGCACGUUCGGCUGCGGCAGCCAGCACUACAUGUCGCCCGGUAAGUCUCCGGCUUUCCGCGUGGGCGUAAAAGGCUAUUCCACUCCGCACAACGACAUCUGGUCGCUCGGCAUCAUCCUCGCAAAUAUGCUCAGUGGGUGCAGCCCAUGGGAACUCGCGAGCACGGUUGACCCGUGCUUCGCUGAGUUUCUCCGCGACGAGCAUCAUUUCGAGGUCAUGAUGCCAAUUUCGCGCCCCGCAGGGGCGCUCCUCCAACAUAUGCUCGCUUUGAACCCAUUUCAUCGCCCGCCCAUAUCCGCGAUUCGCAGGGCGGUGCUCGAAAUGGAAACGUUCUUCAUGAGC